AUCGGCCCAUCCCUCUCUUCUCAAAUUAACGGCUGAAAACAGCCUCUUCUUCACAUCUCACGCUGAGUUUCAAACCAGCGUCGCCUACCUUGGGAAUCCGGCGAUCCGACGCCUCGUCCGGUCGGUGCCUCCUUCGCCCCCUCCCCCUCUCGCCAGACUCUCUCCCUCCAUCUUUAUUCUUCUUAUCGAUCUCUUAUAAUUUCAGGAAGCACACUCUUACAUGAGAAUCAACCCUAGCUUCUCUCCAAAAUUGUCGCAGCCGUGGCUCUUCUCCGGCGAGACGGCGCCACCGUCUACUCUCCUAUCUCUCUUCUCUCCUCUUUUCUCAAUUACACCACUCCCUCUGAACUUUGAAUCCGUCGCACAUAAAGGGCAAUGCCGAGCCGUAGGUUCUCUCGGCUUCGACGACAUCGCCGCCGCAGCUGCCUGGGCUCGCUCACUGCGCCGUCGCGCCUGGAGUCAGCGUCUCCUUCCUCGAUCCUCCGGUGGGCAGUUAAUUAGGGCAGGGCGGCGUCCGUUGCUCCCCCCCUUUUCACUCGCGUACACGAACGAGGAAAAAGCCAAACCCUCAGUCCUCUUAGCUCAGGCGAGAGAGUCACCGCCGUCUGCCCUCUGGUUCAACGGAACAGACAAGUCGCCCCCUUCUCGAUUUAUUGAAUCAGAAAGAACCAAGUAUGAAAUGAAGAAAACUUAGGCCAAGACUCACCUCUCGAUACUUGGCAGUUGGCAGCAUGAAUUAACUUCUCUUCAUCUCCCUUUCUGGUGGUUGGUGUAUGAGAGAAGGAAUGAGGUGUUAGGCUGGUGCUUUAAUAAGUGAGUUGUUGGCUGUAAAGUCAAAGGAUUGGAGAUGGUGGUUGGCUGAGUUGAAGGGAGGAGCCGAUUGGUCUUCUCUCAUUUUUCUUCUUUUUACACUCACGCGUUAUCUCCCGCAUGCUUGUAGGUUUCUCUCAUUUUUCUUCUUUUUAUUCUCACACGUUAUCUCCCGCAUGCUUGUAGGUAUGUAGCUGUAGUGUUUUGUGAUAGUGAUAGGUUUUGAUUGUAAGUAGGGAAUAGUGGUGAUGUAAAUAAUUCCCUACAGUCAUUGUGUAAAGUUGUAUCUGAAAAUCUAAUUUCUUUGUAUCAUCGCAUAUCUAUAAAAUUGGUUCUAGGUUUUGCUGAAUAA